GACCAUGAUGUGCGACUUUUCGGCUACAUUUUCAUUGUAAACUACAUUUUCAUUUUCGACCUAAUGCGAUUUCGACCUCACCAAUUCAAAACUUAUCCAGGACUGUUCUGCUUUUUAGGAAAAUUUUUCUCUGAUAAGUGGAACCUUCUCACGAAGAAACUGGCUGUUAGAAUUGCGAAGAAGAAACUCGAUAUACUCGAAGUAGAACACAAGGAGAUUGAUGUAAGUACUUACUUAUAACGUAGAACGCAGAAUAAGAACUAGGGAGGUACUUACUUCUACAAACAGAAGAUAAGCACUUGACGGCAAGAGGAGGAACUUCGCUUCCUUUUGAAGGGGCGCACUAGAUUUCUGAACAAUUCAUUGUAUCUUACUGAACAAUUUCACAUACCUAGUAAUAACGAGUGCGAGAUACAUCUGGCAGCUUCAUCUCUCAACAAGAUAUUUGUACUUACUCUAGCAGUUCAUUGAAUAAAAUAUUUCGAAAACUUUCUUACUUUAUUUUCGUUGAACACCUUACUAGCACUGAGGAGUAAAACUAUUCUACUAUAAAGAGGCAAUCUCCCCCCAAAAAAAAAAACUCUAGUUCCACUAAUAUAAAGAAGCAAUCGCGCAAAAAAAAAGAUGGCGAACAAAAACGAAACACGUGGUGGGGAGCAGACACCUAUUUUGGGUGGUGGUGGUCGUGCCUCCAGGGAAGGUGGUUGUUGUUUGUCGCGCAAAGCUUCGAUCUUUCUGGUGAUCGGUGUCGGUGCUGCACUGAUUACAGGCGGAGGGAUCUGGCUCAUCGUUCACUUCGCUCGACGCUCAGAACCAACUGCGGCUGUCCCACCGGAAGGAACUGAACCUCAAGGUUCUUCUCAACCAGGACAACAAGGACAACAACAGGGUCAAGGUCAACAAGAAAAGCCAGGAGAGAUCAAUGUAGAGGGCGGAUACGGAGGCGUCAACCUCGCAGUGCAAGCGGUGAAGCAAGGCGAUGCUCGUUUUUCCUUGCCCGAAGGCCCCGGGCCUUUUGUUCUUCUGCGGGAGGAUGGCGACGCCGCUCAGCCGAACGAAGUCCGCAUUCAUACGCUCACUGAAGGAGCGAACAGAAGCGCAGGACCUUAUUUGACUUCCGUCAUCCGUGAUCCGAAUGAUCCUCGGGGGUAUCUACUCGUCGGUGAUCAAAGUGUCCUUCAAGAGAACUUCGGAUUCCUAGAUCGGACCACACGUGAGCGGACCACACGUGAGCGUCGAGGACAAGAGAAUGUCGAACAAACACUACGUUUUGGCUUGUACCAGCAAGACACACGAUCGCGCCGGGGGCAGGAGCGUCAACUUUUACCUUCUCGUGUGGGUACUGUUCCUGCAGCUCUUAAGUUGGGGUUUCAGGCGUACUUGCCUGACACGGCCUGGUGGAACGCGUUCGUGGACGCACAUGCGCAACGAGAGGCGGAGAGAUCACGAACUGCUGCUAGCCCGGUUCUAACUCCUGCAGCUGAUCAAGCUGCACGUGUUGACAAUGCUGCUCUUGCUUUUGAAGGGUUACCGAAGCACCUACGUUUAGCCAAUAGGCUCCCUGAAACCGGCCAGGCACGUUGGAGUGAAGUGCGUGCGGGUGCUGCUCCAGGAUUAGGACAAGAAGUUUUGCGCGUCCAUCGUGCUAGAGGCGAGGACUGCCGUCCUACGCAAUACGUACUUCGUCAGCUUCCAGGGCAUCCUUACAAUAGUUCGGGGAGGAGCUGCGGGUGGACGGAUCCGAAAAACGUUGCCAUUGUUGUAGACGCGGAUGCUGCUCUGCCAGGAGGUCUUUUGGCGGACUUGGUUCCGCCAGAUGGACCUACCCCACCGGCGCAAGUUCUCAAAACGGACCGUGUGCAGCCCAACAACUGGGGCCGCGACGACAACAACGAGGCUGUGACUGUGAGCAAUUUCCUUGCUUUUCAUGCUGCGCACCUCCUCACUAGUCCUCCUGCUGGUACCACGUCGGCGGAAGACUUCACGGUACCUAAGCUGAUUGAAACCAGCUCAGGGGACGAAACUAAGUGGACGCAGGUAAUGGUGCGCAAAAUGCAGGAGAUCUACAAGCACCUCCUGCAAGGCCGUUGGGGUCGUCAAAGCCAGACGUGGCAAGGAGAAGGAUUCGACGACUUCAGAUUUCAGCACAACCCAGUAGCCUUCAGCCGUGCUUUCGUAGUCCGCAACCCGUUUAUUGGAGGCGAAAGACACGACUUUAAGGAGUACUACACGACUUGAAAGUCGAUUUUCACCAAUCAUGUCCUAAAUUCCAUCACUCGUCUCCCAUAUUAGAGAGAACUUUUAUGUAGAGAGACCAAAGCAGGACCUUAUCAGCAACAAUGUUAACAUCUUCAACAUCUUCAACACAACAGUUUUAACAUCAGGGAAAUCCGUAAAACUCAGAAGAGAUUCAGGGAAGUCGUAGGACAAUCCCGAACCGACUAACAUCAUCAAAACGAAUGAAUAUAUGUAGUUUCCUCGUACACAUAUAAUGAAUAGUACUUCCUCUUAUGUAUAUAGCUAGGAGUAGUACAGAGCAACAUAUUUAAUGUCUCCUAUGCAUAGGAUAACGUAUAGGAUAACAAAAAAAUAGUACUAUGCUUAGCACACCAGAAUCAUGUCACUUUCAACUUGUCCUCGUUGAAAUAGUCGAAAGUGAAAAUACUUCGUGGCAGACUGUAUAGCAAAAACAAAUCUACCAUACAGACAUGCGUUAGGGAGGGUUAUUUAGGGUUAGGGUUAGACAUGAGACACCUGACCCACCUGGCCAUUUCUACCAUACAGACACUCUUAUAUUGGUAGAAAUGGCCAGGUGGCACCUAUUAAAGUAUGAACUCGCUGUGGGGCGUGUCUCGUGUACUACUGAGUCUCUUGAUGGUCUGAGAUGUCCGGGACCAUCAAGAGACUCAAUUGUACUGCGUAGAAAGAUUGGGAUGAAAGUAAAUGAACUCAAAUAACGGUCCUCUGUCGGUGAUCACCGUUCCGCCAAAGAGUAAGUUCUAGCCGCUUCUUUUUUUUUCCAAGAAUGAUAAUGACUAUGAUUAUGACUGUUUUCGACCCGCAAAGCGUUUUACUUACUUGUUUCUAUCGGCCUCUAAUACUACUGAGUCUCUUGAUCAUGGUCGCGGACAUCUCAUAUUUGCAACGCGAUAUGAUAAUCUCACGGCGGCUGAUGAAGACGAAGAUGAUUUCUUUGUCGGGAAUGGAGAAAUCACGAAGCGCGAGAUCGGAGCACUGAUGUUUGUGUCCGGUCCGAACGCGAGACAGCAUGAAGAGCGCCUUCAGAUGACCUACAAUGUUAUGUUUUCUGAAAUUUUUUUUUGCGCAGUGUCAUUAGGAUUAUAGGUUACUAGUAGUACCUUAAGGUCAUGGCCUCACAGCUGUGAAAGAGGUUCCACGACAUGACAUGUACGUUAGGCUAGGGGAGGUUGUUCUCUCAUGUAUUUGCAAUGUCAUUAGGCUAGUAGUACGAUAUGCUAGUAGUACCAUUCCAAGAAGAAACUGGCUAAACGAUGGCGUAAAAGGUGCCAUUCGCAUAAUAGAUACGUGUAUUCGAAAACUCAAAAUAACCGAGUUACUGACUGAAAUAAGGGAGGCACUAGCUUAUAGCGUCAAGGCUACUCUCCCUUCUCAUCAGUAUCUCGCUUAUUCUGAUCAGGUACUUGCUUAUUUCAGUUUUUCGAAUAGUCAAUCCAACUUGAAGUUGACAAUUUCAGCCCGCAACUUCAGCUAAUCAAGAACCAGCCGCCAAGAGUUUCGCUUUCUUUCAAGCUGGAGUGAAAGCUGCUUACAUUGGCGUAAUCGAUGCUGCGAUUCGGGAGCAACUGGAGUCCAACAAUCCGAUCCGAGUGCUCGUGCUUCCAGCCAUUUCCGUGCUCUCUGCCAUGUCCGCUACUCAUCGCAGCCACUUUCCACAUAUUCAGAGUUAUGUUCUUGAUCAUAAGAAUACGCGUAUUCAGGCAGAGAAAGGAUCAUAUUAGACAUAUUCCCACAUAUACCUGAUUACAACCUCAACAGAAGAAUUUUUACUAGAGCUGCUUUUUUAUUUGCCACGUCAUUUUCUAUAUUUAUUAAGCAGAAGAUAGAGUCAAGGCCUCAGGUAUUCUUUAUUUCCAUAUUGACGUACAAUGUUGAAUAUCGUAGUACAAAAGAAAAACACGAAAGCAGCGUUGCUUGUGAGCUGUGCUCCUCCUCAUCGUGCUAGGCUUCUCCUUGUCGCAUCCAUCUAGCGACGUCUAAUGCAAUUUGACCGAGUUCUAUGAGGAUAUCGUGAGAAGCGUACUGGCAGGGGAAGUGCAUGCGCCUGGAGGUGCUGAAGAGCCGCAGCUGACUCGUACACACUUCUUUGAUGAAGUUGUUUUGAUAAUCAAUGAAGAACUUUUUGACGUGGCUGGACCACCUGUAGAAGAAGCACAGCGUCCUCGUCCUGGUGUAGCACAACGUUUUUCUCUGCGACUUGGUGGAUCUGUGCCACGACGCUCUGGCGGCCCAGCAGGAGCUGGCGGUGCGGCACCUACUAGUGCCAAUGGCGGCCCAGCAGGAGCUGGCGGUGCGGCACAUGGUGGUAGUGCCAAUGGCGGCCCAGCAGGAGCUGGCGGUGCGGCACCUGGUGGCGGCCCAGCAGGAGACGGUGGUCCACCGAGU